UUCCACUUUAUUGGGUUUCCAUACCAUCCCUCAAAUGUGCCUCAAUUCCAGCUGUUGCUCUCCCAUUCCCUCUCUCAACACUUUUUCCUCCCUGCCUGAUCCUCAUGUUCCAAUCCUCAUGUAAAAUCUACUCUAAAAUCCCUCCCAGGGAAAUCUGCUUCCUUCUUCUAUACCCAGCCUCUCUGGGUCUAUGGAUUGUAGGUUGGUUAUCAUUUAUUUGAUGGCUGAUACCCACAUUUAAGUGAAUUCAUACCAUAUUUAUCUUUCUAGGUCUGUCUGGGUUAUCUCAGGAUGAUUUUUUUUUUCUUGGUUCAGUUCAUUUGCCUACAAAUUUCAUGCCUGCAAUUUUUUUAAGGGCUCAGCAGUCAAUGUUUUUAAGGCUAAGGGUGAGGCUUCUGGCUGAAGCGCUUACCCGCAUGUGCAAAGCUCUAGUCUCAGUCACUAGUACCACAGUAAUAGAAUCCGCUCCAGAAGUGCAUCUCUCUAAACACCUAAUUAUUCUCUGGAUACCUAAAUAACCGCCGAAAGAAAUUUGGAAGCUUGCCAGUGGCCUCCGUGUUGGAUGAAACACAGAUCGCUGCUUUUAGGUUGCCCUGGAUCGCUGCUAAGUCAGAUAUAUGACUCCAGGCAAGAUGACCUCAUCCCCACAUUUCAGGUUCAUAAUUUGCAAUGUGAGGUGACGAUAAUGCUGCCAGAGUUGCUAAUAAGGGUUAAAUAAUAGGUGCCCCUAAAAAUAGUCAAGGAUCUUGGGAAAGGUUGCAAAAGAAGCUUACGUCUUGCUGAGACACGACUCGAUGUGAUGUCCCAUCAUACCGUAAGGCACUACCCUGCUUCCUGUUCCAACCUGAUCCCCGGUGACCUAGUCUGCCCAAGCUAGGUCCAGCUUCCAAGUCUGGUCUGUUCUCCGGGAGGCAGAGUCUGCCCAGGGUUGGCUACCACCUGCAGAGUCUGGAUCUCAACACUGGCUAUUUAGUACCUAGGCUCCACCUGUGGUUUAGAAGUCAGUGGCCACUGCUGUCCAAUCACAGUAGUGUAGGGUGGAUGGACUUUUCUAAGCCAACGAGAGGAGAGGAUGCUGCGGGGUCGGAACCCAGUAAAAGGGAUGAUGGAUCUCUUUUAGAGCAAGGGAAGGUCGAGGUCAAGGGGAAUAGCGCGCCCUCCAGCUUGGGAAGUACACGGUGAGACUCCUACCGCCCACACCUGCUCACUACUCCCAGCUACGGAGCCUUCCCCUUUUGGGUUUGCUCCACUCUCGUGUCAGUUUCUGGCCUUCCUUCAGCUGCAGAACAAACUCCAGUUCUUGGGUCUGGCCUUCACCCAGCCCAGCCUCCGACUUAUCCAAAAACAGGAUCUGCCUAAUUCCCCCUUCCUCCCUCACAAGCCACGCCCCUCACCCUUGCACAUCCUCUGGGUUAAACUGGGUCCACCCAUCCUGAAUAUGCCACGCUCCCUGCUCAAAACUCCACCCAUCUCACAGGGGGCUUUCCUUUGUCCCUCUAGGUUUCGACUCUUUUCCUUAGAGCCUUGUCAGUUGCUGUUUAUCUUAUUUUAUUUUUUGUAUGUAGCCCUGGCUGGCCCGGAACUCGCUAAAUAAACCAGCUGGCCUCGAACUCAGAGAUCUGUUGGCUUCUGCUUCCCGAGGGCUGAGAUUAAAGCACCAACGGUGCACGUGCUGCAGCAUUAGUGAGGACAGGUGACAACUUGUGAGAGUCAGGUUUCUCCUUCAACUGUGUGGUUGCCUGGGAUCAAACUUAGAUGUCCAGGCGUGAUGCCAAAUGUCUAUACCUGCUGAGCCAUCCCUAGGCCGAACACCGUCCCUGUCCUAAACUCCACCCAAGAUGUCCUAGGGCGCCGCCCACGGUCGCUCUUUCCUGCAAAGUCCCUCCCCAACCCCAGAAGCCAGGUCCUCGCAAGCUCCACCUCCACCCCAUACUUAAGCGUCCCAUCCGGCCCAGGUAGUUUACCUGCCGCUUUGGAGUAAGCCAUGAGCGGUGGCGCUCUCUGCCCGGGUCCCGCAGCGCCGGACAGCACAGUGGGACCCCAAAAUAAAGGCGGUGAGCUCCCGAGGCCGGUUCAGGCUCCCGACCCCGGCUCCGUCGUCGUCCCGGAGCGCGAGGAAAUGCCGGAGUUUGUGGUGACGGCGCUGCUGGCGCCCUCACGCCUCUCGCUGAAGCUGCUGCGCGCCUUGGUGAUGAGCCUGGUGUAUCUGGCUGCCGUGGUGGCCGCGUUUGUCUACAGCUGCAUCGCGCUCACCAACGUGCUGUGCCACCCGCGCCGGGGCUGCUGCGGCCGCCCGCGCUUGACAGCGCCAGCCUGCCUGAGAGACCCCACGCUGGGCGAGCACUGCUUCCUUACUCUGAGGAGUUCGGGCCUGCGUCUGCACUACGUCUCCGCUGGUCGUGGUAACGGGCCUCUUAUGCUAUUUCUGCAUGGCUUCCCAGAGAACUGGUUCUCCUGGCGCUACCAGCUUCGAGAGUUCCAGAGCCGGUUCCAUGUGGUAGCUGUAGACCUGCGUGGUUAUAGCCCCUCUGAUGCUCCAAAGGAUGUGGACUGCUACACCCGUGACCUGCUGCUGGUUGACAUCAAGGACAUCAUUCAAGGCCUCGGGUACUCCAAAUGCAUCCUCGUGAGUCACGACUGGGGGGGUAUACUUGCCUGGGAUUUCUCCAUCUACUUCCCUUCCCUAGUGGAGCGCAUGGUCGUGGUCAGCGCACCGCCUUCAUCAGUGUUCCAAGAGUACUCGAUCCGCCACAUCGGCCAGUUAUUCCGAUCAAACUACAUGUUCCUGUUCCAACUCCCCUGGCUGCCGGAGAAACUGCUGUCUUUGUCUGACUUCCAGAUUCUAAAAGAAGUUUACACCCACCGAAAGACCGGCAUCCCAUGUCUAACCCCUUGUGAACUUGAAGCGUUCCUUUAUCCCUUCUCACAACCUGGAGGCCUCAUCGGACCCAUCAACUACUAUCGGAACCUCUUCAGUCUGUCUUGGCCAUAGGAACUUCCCCCUGGAGCCCCAAGAACUGUCCACGCCCACGCUGCUGCUGUGGGGAGAGAAAGACUACACUUUGCAGCAGGGCCUGGUGGGAGCCAUUGGUAGGCGCUUUGUGCCG